AAGUAACAACUUUCCUCUUUGUAUAAAUAUAAAACCACCCACCCUCAUAACCUAAAAUCAAAUCGCAAAAGAAAGGAAAAAAAUAACUCUAUUGAGAAGCGGCUCUGAGAGUUGUUGAAGUUCAAAUCGAGAGUUACGUUGAAGAAAUUCCAUCAUCAUGACCAAAGUGAAGGAGGAGGAUGCUUCAAAUAAACCUAUUAAGAUUCGUCAGGUGUGGGCUGAAAAUCUGGAGCGUGAAUUUGAUCUUAUAAGAGAUUUCGUUCACAUGUUUCCCUAUGUAUCAAUGGAUACCGAGUUUCCUGGUGUCGUCGUUGCACCUAACUUUGAUCCCAAUAUACCGUAUCACCUCCGCCAUAUGGAUCCAUCAGAACAGUACAGUUUCUUGAAGGCUAACGUGGAUAAUCUCAACUUGAUUCAACUAGGUCUUACUCUCACUGAUGCAAAUGGUAACCUACCUGGAGAUGUUGCAUACAGCUAUAUUUGGGAAUUUAAUUUCAAAGAUUUUGACGUGGACCGUGAUCUUCAAAAUCCAGACUCUAUCGAAUUGCUUCGUCGUCAAGGCAUCGAUUUUAAACGUAAUUUAAUUUACGGUGUCGAUUCUCUAGAAUUUGCUAAAUUAUUCAGACUGAAGUCUGGACUAGUCAACAGUGGAGUUUCUUGGGUUACAUUUCACAGCUCAUAUGAUUUUGGGUAUCUAGUUAAGAUUUUGACUCAGAAUUACUUACCGUCUCGAUUGGAGGAAUUCUUAAGCAUCUUAACACAAAUAUUUGGACAGAAUGUCUAUGAUAUGAAGUAUAUGAUCAAAUUCUGCAACUUAUAUGGUGGUCUGGAACGUGUUGCCACUAAACUCAAGGUCAGCCGGGCGGUCGGAAACUCUCAUCAAGCCGCGUCAGAUAGUUUGUUGACAUGGCAAGCUUUUAAGAAGAUGAAGGACAUUUAUUUUGUCAACAAUGGAAUCACUAUGCACGCAGGGGUGUUAUUUGGGUUAGAAGUGACAGUUUAGGAUUAGAAAAAGAAAAUUGUAAAAAUAUAUUGGUAUUCUUUGUUUUGGAAUCAACGUUAUUACUUUAAUGUCUAUAUUACUACUUUAGUUUCUCUAAAGCUUAUCAUGAAAUAGAGAGCCACAUAAAGUGAAAGCCUAUUAUCCAACCAAUGGCAUGCUCCUCCUAGGUGAUACAAGUAAUUUGUAGAAGCUCUAAGUCGAAAUAACAUGUGCAUGAGAAUAUGCCAUGUUCAGAUGUUCCACUUUUGCACCUAAAACCCAAUGGUGAAAUUUAGCUUUGAUUUUAAUUUUCAUUAUCAGAAAAGUAAUUAAUAUAUUGAAAAACUGAAAUAGAAGCUC